AUGGAGCAAGGAAAGGCAAGGUUCAGAGUUUACCUCGUUGGGUUUCCAACAGCCGUGCCUGACCCAGGGACUGUCCCGGUAGUGGAAAUGAUACGCCAUAUCCUGCCCGAAGCCUCUGUCGUUUGUCAUGAUAUCUUCCGCUGUGAUGUGGAUAUUCCUCUUAAACGCCGGGACGAGGACGAUGCAGACGAGCUGAGUGCUCACUCCAAUAAUGAUCAAACACUUUCCACGCCCAAGCUGGACGGGCAACCGGGGCCUGGCGACGUGGAAGCCGAGCAGCCCAGCGCAAACACCGCCCUGAAUCACGAGAAGACUCUUGGCGAUAUGACCGAUGAUGACCUCACCAGAGUCAUUGGCACGGAUGUCAUGGUCUACCUCGAUGAUUUGGCAACUGUUUCAAGUGUCGCAAUCGGUGGCUUCUUCACACCGGGCUGGAUCGACAGCGAAGCAUAUUCUCUUCUCGAGCGAAUCCAGAAGGAAACCCCCGACCAGAAUACCGGCCACCCGAGCAAGGUGCUCCUUGCAGGGUAUGGUUUUGGUGGCAUUGUGGUCAAACAGGCUAUUGUCAAUGCCAACGCGAACCCAAUGUUCUAUGACGUCGCGUACAACGCCAUCUCCUUGGUGUUCUUCGCCAUGCCGCAUCAACCAACCGAUCAACAGACCUGGGAGGAACUACUCUUGGGGUUGAUCAGGUCAACAACUGAACGCUCCAGUUAUAGAGGCCGUCUAUCUGGAAUACUCCCAGAACUCAUCGAGUCCGUGUCGCAUCUCUCACAAGCCUUUUUCCGAGUUGAGACCAAGUAUGACAUAAAAAACAUAGUUCCCGACGAUGAUGCUGCAAUGGAAACAUCACUCAGCAAGAAAUCCUGGACAACAGUGCAGUGGCCAGAUCAUGAUCUUGCGGUCUGUAAUGCGGAAGACGUUUCCAAGAUGAAGCUUCUCCGAUCCCAUUUCGCACCAUCUUGCAUGCUGUCAGACGCGCCUCUAGGAAUGUUGACGCCUGAAGAGUACACGACCUACUUUCACACGCUGCAGGCGCUCUCUCCAUCCCGGCGGAUCGUCGACGAAAGCAGGACAUUGGACGAACCGGACGACUUCAACAUCUUGAAAGAUAUUUACGGCUCGCUUCUUCGCCGCAUCCCUGUUGACUAUGUUUGCGGGAGCUCCAUCCAGGUGGUUGCCCCCAAGGGAUACGGAAAGUCCGCCAUCGUGAAGCUCAUAUCCCAGCACAUCCGACGAGAGUCAUCCGUUGUUGUGAUCGAAAACUUCCCCAACCCCUUGGAAAACCACCCUACGACCUUCUAUGGGGUAAUCAUAUCCUUCAUCCACCAGAUCAUCUCACAAAAGCCAUCGCUCUUCCGCCCUGUCCGGAAUUUGAUGACCGAGAUGCUGCGCCAGAGCGUGUGGACAGAGCAAGCCGUCAAGGAUUUGCUCUCUGCUAUAUUCCUACACUCUCGCGAUGUGAAUUUCCUCAUCGUCGUUUACAAUCUCGAAUCCCCUUUGUGGCCGGCCGAGGUACGCGAAUGGUGGUCAGGGAUUCCAGCGUUGCUUGAGGACUCUUUUGGUUGCACAUGUACUUUCCUCAUCAGCAACGACCAGGCCGUCAAGACCUUCAGCAACCAAAGGGUUUACCACAUCGACCUACAGAGGAAUUUCGCGGAGCACAAAGAAGCCUUCAUCAGUGCCAAGACGAACCAGCUUCUCGAUGAUGUCUAUGGUUUGACUUGGCGUAGAGAUGAACGCGCGAGGGAAGUCAAGCAAAUAGUCAUUUCAAAGGCUAAGACAUUUGGGGGCUCUUUCAGAGAGAUCAGUGCACUCCUCGUCCAUCUACUUCAGGGGCUCUCCCGGGUUGCUCCACAAGCCAUUCGUCAGACCAUUUCGCGAGGUCCCCAAACGACCGAGGAACUGUACAAUUCUCAGGCCAGGCUGCUCAAAGAAAAGGAUCCACGAGUAUACUCUUGGGCGACAACUACAUUGUCGUGGGUUGGGCUUUCCGUGCGGCAACUACACGUCCAGGAGCUUGCUGCUGCCGUGGCUAUCCACUUGGACCAAAGAGACAUCUCCGAAAUUGGCAAUGGUAUUUUUAUGCACAUGGAAAGAGACAUUUGCAGUUAUACGAAUGGCCUCGUGGCCGUGGAAAAUGGAUACGCUCGGAUUCCUUGCCCGUCUGUGAGGGCAGCCUUGGACCAAGAUCCGGAUCUGAAAACGAGUAUGCUCGACGAUUACUCUCUCGCGAAGAUUUGUCUGCAUUAUCUCAAGAUUGUCCUCGGCAAUGACCAGGAAGACUUUUGGGAGAAAUGUCUCUCCUCUGUCUCCCCUACACAGAAAACGAAAGAGACGCGUAUCCCAGAGCUGGAGUUCCUAGAUUAUGCGACCCGAUACUGGCCGACUCAUUGCCUCCGGGUGAAGCAGCACAACGAGCUCCUCGAGAACGAUGUCGUCGACUUCCUUCAGUCCAAGGUCGCCGAGAGGUGGUUUCAACUGUACUUGCUCUGCUACGGUUUGCCACCAAACCUACUCAGUAGGGAGCGAGACGACACAGCUGAGAACGACGGAACUGAUGACUUCGAGCCAGAUUCUCCUGGAAGCGGCGGAUCCGAGGAGAUGUUAGUGAAGAUAGGCACGCAACAAUCAGCGGUGAAGAUGGCCAGCUUCCUUGGACUCGCACCUGUCGUCCCUACUCUCUUGGGGCAAGCCAGGAAUUUCGAUGAAGCCAAGACCACCCGCCUCCGACGCGGCUGUUUGGACCAUGAAGUAGCGAUUCUGAACAAUGGUUCCAAGUUCUAUCUGGACUGCGUAAUUUUGAACGAUGAUGUCUCCGCGGUUGCGGCAUUGCUUGAAGCGGACGAAGCAUGCGUGACAAAACACUUUCCUCUUCAUCUGGCUUCGUUGGCAGGUAGCUCAAAGAUGGUCUGGGUACUUCUCGAGACGCUCGAGGACACAACGGCAGUCGACAGGGAUUGCCGAACUGCACUGCACAUGGCAGCUAUCAGCGGCAGGGUCGAUGUGAUUCAGAUGCUUGUGGGCGAGGAUGGGAAUUCCGAGCUGGCCAAGAAGAUCGACUCUCGCGAUGCCAAUUUCGAGACCCCUUUACUUCUCGCAACGCGAAUGGGAAAUAUCGACGCAGUUCGUUUCCUAGCAGGCUUAGGUGAGGGUCGGGGCAUCUCCAUCGGUGACAUGAUGGACAAAACUCCCGCGCAUCACGCCGUGCUACACUGUCCGGACGUCCUCGACACCUUCUUUACCUAUGAUCCCAACGCGCUUUUUGCAAGGGAUCGUGACGGCUCGACUCUACUGCACAUUGCUGCGCGUUGCCGUUCAGUUUAUGCAGUAUGCAUCAUCUUGCAGGCGGCCAAGGACCCUGAACAUUGCAUCACAGCGGUCCGAGCCGAAGACACUCAAGGGAAAUCGCCGCUCGACUAUGCAUCGGAAAACGGGUUCAGCGACGUGGUAGGCAUCAUGGUUAACAACAUGAGAGGAGCCGUCGGCGCGGACGCUCUGAUCCAAGCCUCGGCCCUGCUUGCUGCAGAGUAUGGACAUCUGGCUCUCCUUGAGACGCUGUCUGAGUGGACGAGUGGGAUCAAAAACCGGCUUCUUUCUGCCGCAGUGAACGGCGGUCAUCUCCUCGUGGUCAAGCAUCUUCUGGACGGAGGGGCCUUCCUCGAUGGAGAAGAAGACGCAGAUAUGGAGAAGCUUAUUGCUCUUGGUGCCAAAAUCAACCUGGGCGACUCCUGGGCAAAGGAAGUUGCAUCGGGUAACUUGCGCGGACGUCGUGGCGAGACGAGGCUUUUCACAGCGAGUCAUGACGGUGAUGUAGAAGCUGUCAAGAAGUUUCUCAAGCGUGGCGCAGACCCCAACAUCUGUCGAGAUGACGGUUGGUCUCCUCUUCACGCAGCAGCCGACAACUGGGAGAUCUGUGAGGCUUUGGUGGCGAAUGGCGCCAAGAUCGACUAUCAACUUGAAGACGGCCUGUGGACGCCACUUCAAUUCGCGGCCUCAUGGGGUUGCAAGUCCACUGUUGAGUUCUUCCUUCAACACGGGGCCGACACCAGCCAUGAAAAUGUGCAUGGCAGCACCCCUCUGCACUUGGCUGUGGCGAAGAGUUACUGUGACAUCGUGCAAGUCAUGGUGGACCACGAAGGCGACAAUGCGAUCAACUUGGACAAUCAAGGGGCUUGGGGUGAGGGUCCUAUCCACAUGGCAACGGAAAAGAGCGCCGAGUGCGUGCGGAAGCUUCUCAAGAAAGGAGUCAACGCCAAAGCCAAGACAGUUAGAGAGAAUAUAUCGUGCCUGGUUCUAGCCCUCCAAGCGGGAAUGGGCGACACAUUCGCUAUCCUCCUUGGCGACCAAGAAUCCGGAGCCCCCGAACCCCACUGGGAUCAUGAAGACCUGGUCUCAGCCUACUGGGUGGCAAUUCAGACGGUGGAUCGGAACCUGAAGAGCCUCAAACUUCUGGUGAACAAGGAGCCGUGGCUACUAGACGAAGUUUCGGCAGAGGGGUACAAUGGACUGGAGACUUACAUGCGCAGCGAGAGACCAAAAUAUCCAAAAUAUGAAGAGCAAUCGAUUUCCAUCGCAUUCCUCGAUUUCGGCUUCAAUCCGUUUACGAGGAGGGGAAAGGACCUGAAAUCGGCGUUCGAACUUGGAUUCAUAUCAAGGCGUGAGGCAAACAUGGCAUUCAUGGAGCGUUGCAUCACAGAUUUGCCCAAAGAUAUCCGAGCCUCGGGUAUGGACUUCCGAGAGUUGCGAAUCGCCACUGAAUUGAAUGACAAGGGUGCCUGGGAAGCCCUCAAGUCGCUGAGAGAGGACGUUGGGGGCGAGACUGACCAGGAUGACUGGAACAUCGACCAUUUUCUCUAUCAAUCGGAACCAAGGUUGGCUUUUGCCGACUGGAAGGGAAGCGCCAUCGAACGGAAUACUCGCAGCCCGAUGUAUCUUGUUCAUCCUCAAUCCUGGUGGUGGCUAAACCAGGACUAUAAAACUCGCGUCAAGAUUCUUGACAAUGGUCUCGGGGCCACAUUCGAGACCGGCUUCAAUAACGAAUGCAACACCCCGAUGUGUCUCAGGGCUGAUUCGGCCUUUCCCCCGAGAAAACAGGGCUUAACCUAUUUCGAGAUCACGAUACAGGAGAUAGAUACCUUCGAGUCCACGCCACCAGACAUCGCCAUUGGCUUGGCUGGCGAGUUCACUAACCAGCUACGAUCGCAGCCCGGGUGGAACGCGUGGUCCUUGGGCUACCAUGGGGAUGACGGUAGAAUCUUCGAGGAGGCAACACAAGGGAAAUACCCCACAGGACGAAAGUUUGGUCCAGGCAAUACUGUGGGCUGCGGAAUCGAUUACGACACUGACCAGUACUUUUUCACCUUGGACGGAGAAGUCAUCUUCAGGGCUUCCUCCAACAUUGUGUACCGGAAGAUGUACCCUUGUGUCGGCCAGAUGUCCGGAUGCGCGAGGAUCCAGGCAAAUUUUGGAGAAACUGCCUUCGUUUGGAGCGGCGCCGAAGCUCUUUUUCCAGGCGGAAUAAACCCCGAGAGAGCGAAGCUACUAGUAGGACGGACGGAAAUGGACGCGGAUCGAGGACGGGACAGCAGAGAUUGGGCUAGAUUUCGGUUACUCUCUUCCGGCCUUGGAAGACCUGCCCAAAGGCCGAGACGAAACUCGACCUAAAUUCUCCUGACAAGCCGGUAUCACCUGAUUUGGAUGCGUAAGGUAGGCUCGCUCAGAAUUCCCGCCAGGCCAAUCUGUCAAUGGAAACGACGCGGCCCAUGCUGCAGGCAUAGAUGUAAUGGCUCUAUUAGUUCUGAAAUAAAGGUCACUUGACAGAUGCGACAUUUUAUGACGAGCGCGAUUGAAGCAGACUGAUGGCAAGUUCGUGGUAUCAUUAGACCCUCUUCAUCUGAUGCAGAAUCGAAUGUCCUCGUCCUCUGUGUUC